AUGGGAGAAUCGAGGGCCAUGUCGCCAACCCAUCAUGCCUUGUCCGCCGCCCCUCACCGGCACGCGCGCGUUCUCGCCUGCGUCCUCUGCCAGCAACGCAAGAUCAAAUGUGAUCGCAAUUUCCCCUGCGCCAAUUGCGUCAAGGCAAACGUCACCUGCACCCCCAGCACACCUGCUCCCGCUCGGAAACGUCGGCGGCCCAACCAGGACCUCCAGGAACGGCUGAUGCGGUGCGAGGAGCUUCUCAAGCAGUAUGCCGGCGCCGUCACCGUCGGCCGGAGCCCGUCGCCCGCGACGCCCACGACGAGCGAGUCGAGAGCCGAACCAUCCGACUCGACGCCGGCGACGACGGCCUCGCCCCAGCAGAGCUGGAGGUCGGGCUGCAAGAUGAUCAGCGAGGAUGGCAGCGUCCGCUUCAUGGACAGCUACAUUUGGGGCAGCAUAUCGGAAGAGCUGCAAGCGAUGCGCGACAUUGUCGAGACCGAAGACCCCGAGGACUCGAGCAUUCUCGGCUCCGACGACCUCACCCCCGACAACAACACCGACCUCUUCUUCCCCGGCGACCUCUCGACCGCCAACCUGGACGACCUCACGCCCGAUCCCGUCCACGGCUUCCGCCUCUGGCAGAUCUUCCUCGACCGCGUGAAUCCCCUGACAAAGGUCAUCCACGUGCCCACAGUGCAGCCCUUCGUUAUGGAGGCCGCCUCCGGCAUGAGCAGUCUUCCGCUGCACGUCCAAGCCCUCCUCUUCUCCAUCUACGCCAUGGCCGUCCUGUCCCUCACCGAGAGCGAGUCGAUCCAGAUGCUCGGCCUGUCCCGGGAAGCCGCCAUGCAAAAGUUCACCGCCGCCACCAAGGUGGCCCUCAUCCGCUUCAACUUUUUGAAAAACUACAACAUGGUCGCCCUCCAGGCCCUCUUCUCCCUCCAGGGUCGCUACGACCGCCACGCCGCCUGGAUCCUCAGCGGCACCGUCGUUCGCAUCGCCCAGAAGAUGGGCUACCACCGCGACGGCGAGACGCUCGGCCUCGACCCCUUCGAGACGGAGAUGCGACGGCGCGUGUGGUGGCAGAUCGCCAUCCAGGACUCCAAGUACGCCAUGAUGUCGGGCCUGAGCCAGUCCCUGCUGCCGACCGCCUGCGACACGAAGCUGCCGCAAAACGUCAACGACGCCGACAUCUUCCCCGGCUCGACCGAACCCGUCCGGCCGCGCGAGGGGCCGACGGAGAUGGCCUUUUGUCUGCUGCUCAACGAGGUCUACAAGUUCAAGAUCUCGUCGGACCAGUCCUUCGACGGCCCCUCCUUCGAGGCCGCCAUCAUGGGCCAGGAUCUGGAUCCCGACGGCGACGCUUCCGGCGCGCGCCAGACCCUCUUCAACAACUUCCGCGUCCUCGCCGAGGGGCUCGAGCGGAGGCUGAUGGACCUCGAGACCAAAUACGUCGACGUCCACGCCGGCGACGUCCACCUCGCCGCCCUCACCAUCCGACCCAUGGUGACGAACAAGCUGUCGGAGAUGCUCGUGCCCAUGCGGGAGCAGCCCGAGUGGGGUACCGAAAUCUUCGGACCCAAGGACAAGCUGUUCAAGGUCGUCGUCAUGGGCAGCGAGCACAAGAUUGACGCCUUCGAGCGCCUCAAGGACACGGGCUUUCUCUGGUUCAUGAAGUUACACUUCCAGCUCGACAUCUUCGCCGUCAUGACCGGCCAGCUCUGCCAGCGGCCGACGGGCAGCCUCGCCGACCGCGGCUGGGCCGUCAUCGAGCGAGUCUACGGCAGCUACACGGAGCUGUCGGACAUGUCGCAGAAGCAGUACAACGUCCAGGCGCACUUCGUCCUCAAGGCCUGGAAGGCGCGCGAGAACGCGCUGCGGCAGGCCGGCCAGACGACGACGACGCCGGCGCUCAUCGCCCGCCUGCGGGAGCUGCUUCAGCCGUUCGAGUCGCGCUCGUCCGGGCCGUCGUCGGCGACGCCGCCGAUGCCGACGCUGCCGUCGCAUCACCAUCAGCAGCCACACGGCCAGCAUCCCAACGUCAAGAUGGAAAGCGCCGGGUCGAUGCCGUUCGACCCCGCCGGCACCGACGUGGACCCGUUCCUCGGAGGCUACCUGGACAUGCCGGCGUUGAACUGGGACAUGUUCGGCAUGAGCGACAGCGCCGACCAGCUCUCGGCCGCCAUGUUUGGCAGCAUCGGGCUGGGAAACGUGUCCAACAUUGGGGCGGUGAACAACAUGAGGAACCCGAAUUCUUAUUGA